AUGGAGGGCGCCGCGUCGCCGCCCGCCGGCCCCCGCGUGCUCUCGGCCGCCGUGGCCCUGUCGCAGGUCCUGGGCCUGGCGGCRCUGGCGGCCACAGGCGCCUGGCUGGGCGGCUACCGCGGCGGGCUGGCCUGGGCGGGCGCCCUGCGCCUCAACGUGCACCCGCUCUGCAUGGUGCUGGCCAUGGUCUUCCUGCAGGGCGACGCUCUCCUGGCCUUCCGCGUGUUCCGCACGGAGCCCAAGCGCUCGGCCAAGGCGCUGCACGCRCUGCUGCACGGCGCCGCACUGCUCGUGGCCAUCGUGGGCGUGGCAGCCGUGUUCGAGGCGCACAGCGCCGGCGGCGUGGCGCACGCCUACAGCCUGCACGCCUGGUGCGGCCUGGCCGUCCUGGUGCUCUUCACGCUGCAGUGGCUCCUGGGCCUGGGGCUCUUCGUGUUCCCCGGCGCGGGCUGGGCGCUGCGCGGCCGCUACCGGCCCCUGCAUGUGUUCGGCGGCGUGGCCCUGCUCGCGCUCUCCGUGGCCACGUCCCUGCUGGGCAUCACCGAGAUGCUGCUCUUCCACAUCAGGGACACCUACAGCAAGUUCCCGGCCGAGGGCGUCCUGGCCAACACGCUGGGGCUGCUGCUCGUGGCCUUYGGGCUGCUCGUGGGCUACAUCGUGACGCGCGAGGACUGGAGGCGCCCACCGCUGCCCGAGGAGCUCGCCCUCUCCAUGGACUUCAAGACCCUGACGGAGGCCGAGAGCCCCGGCGGCAGCCAGUGACGGUGCCACAGGAGCCCC